UCAGUUGCUCCUCUUGAAAAUGGUGCCAUCAGAUCUUUUAGAACUACCUGAGCAGGUAGUUCUACCAUUAAGUCUCUUUUUAAUGUCUUAUCUGAAUGAAGGCCCUUCAGAUAGUGCAACACUGCUUCAAGUACUGGAAUGUCAGCUUGUAUUUUUGUGCUAAUACCUGGAAUUGGACUCUGAUUCAGAAAUGAGUGUUACCAAAUGACUCGCAGCUGAUGUAAACAAUAUGACUUUUUUUGUUUUUGUGAUUUUGAUUGAAGGAAUAUUUAUUAGCGAGCAUUUUGAGGAGAAUGUAGCUGCUUUGAAUUUGGUUGUGUGUUAUUUGACUUGUCAGAGAGACAGCCUGUACUUAAUGUUCACUAGUUCAAUUGGCUGGUUUCUGCUGUAGAGUAUUGCCAGCAUGUGUGGUUCAAUUCCUGCACCAGCUGAACUCUAUGAAGGGCUCAAUCUUGACCUCACUGCUGUCCAGUGGUGUGGUGAGAGCAGCCAUGUGAUCCUCUGGGACUAUGGAGUCUUAAAUUUUACUUAAUGUUUUAUUGUUAACGUAGCACCAUUGAGAGUGCAGCACUCCCAUUUGGAUUAUCAACCAAGAUUACAGGCUCACAUCUCUGAAAUGGAAUUUAAAUCCCUGUGAUUUCUGACUCAAGCAAACACACCUUAGUGGGCUACAAUUACAAUGUCCACCUCUAAUCACAAAACAUUGUUAAUGCAACAGUUGGGGAUCAGUACAGCUGUUUUUGAAACCUGAUGAAAAUUUGACAAACUUAAAUAUAGUCAAGACAAAAUACGAAAUCAAUUUAAGUUAUAAAACAUGAACAAAUGCUACUUUAUCUACCUAUCACACUGACCACUCACCUUUCACUCUACACCCUGCCCACACCUAACUGCUAGCCUAACUCCUCAUUCUUCAGUUUUAAAAGCCAGUUAUAUUGAACUAAAAAUGCUAACUCUGUUUCUGUCUGCACAGGCACUGUCAGACCUGCUGAGUUUCUUGAGCACUUUGUGUUUUAAAUUAAACACCCUUUAUUUUUAGUGCAUGUGCACGAAAACUGAUGCGUCAAAAUUGGCGUUCUCUCUCUUUUAAUCUCACCCCAAAGAUAGAAAUUUAUAAAGGUAAAUACAAGCAGAUUAAUUUCAAGGGCAUUUACCUCUGUUUGUGGGUUGUGGGUUCAAGUCCUAGUGGACAUUUUCCAGACUGUAAUCUUUUAAUGUACUAUCCAGUGGAGUGCUGUAACAGCUGUCUUUUAGAUGAGAUGUUAAAACAAGCCACUGCCUGUCAACUUAAGAUAGAUAUAAAGGAAUGAUGGCACAACUUUGAGGAGCAAGAGAGUUCUUUACUGCCUGCUGGCCAGUAUUGCAAAAACAGAUUUUUCUGGUCAUUAUCUCACUUUUUUGUGGGAGUUUGCUGUGCACAAAUUGGUUUCAAUGUUUUGACAUUCAAACCUAAAUUUAAUGACAAUUCAUAAGUGCUUAAGUGGCUGUGAAGCACUUUGGGACUCCGUAAGAUUGUGAAAGAUAUACCAUGCAGGAUAGCAUCAAAUUAGCCUCAUGUGGGGAUGACAUUAAAAUCUGGGAUUCGCUUUCAAUGACAGUGGUGGAACAGUUUAACCCUCACAAGAAGCCCUGUGAAGUAACUUCCGUUUGCUGGACUGUUGAUAAUCAGUGUUUGGUCAGCUCAUCAAGUAGUGGGGACAAAAUAGUGCUGUCAUCCUGCAGAUCCACCCCAGUUCCUAUAAAAGAUCUUGCUGAAGGGAAAAAGCAGACAUGUCUAAGUCUUAAUUCCAAUUCCAAAUGUAUUGUAAGUGGAGGUCUUGAUAAUACAGUCAAUAUCUGGGACAUAAAGUCGAAGAGACCUCAUAGGACACUGAAGGAUCACAGGGAAGAAGUCAGUAGUGUAUGUUUCAAUUGGAAUGACUACUAUAUAGCAUCGGGUUCUCGCAGUGGUGACAUUAUUGUACACAGUGUUACAACUAAUAUUUCUAGUACAGCGUUUGGUCAUGGUAAAAGUCAGCCAGUACAAAAUUUAAAGUAUUCCCUCUUCAAGAAAGCUUUGUUGGGAAGUGUUCAUGACAGUGGAGCUGUAACUCUUUGGGAUGUUAAUACACAACAACCUUACCACACCUUUGAAAAUGCUCACAAGGCUCCUGCUUCUGGACUUUGCUUUUCACCAGUGAAUGAUUUGUUAUUUGCCACAGUUGGUUUGGAUAAAAAGAUCAACUGCUACGACACGUCCAGCAAGAUGCUAUUGAGAAGUAUUUCUGUUGAAGCCCCGUUGACUGCAAUAGACUUUAUGACUGAUGGAGCAACUUUGGCUGUGGGUUCCAUCAGGGGCAAAAUUUAUGUGUAUGAUUUACGAGUGACUACUUCACCGCUCAAAAUUGUCAGUGCCCACAAGAAAUCCAUACGGUGCUUGAAGUUUCAGAAUGGUUCUCUGCAGUUCAAGCCUAAUGGAGGUAAAAACUUCGCAAGCAGAGGUUCAUCCACCUUGCCCACCACAGCUACCAAGAGGACUUCCACUAAGGUGAACAGUGCUCCAGGUAGUGACAGUGCAAAGGGAAUCCAGGAGCUUACUGCACUAAUGACAUCUGCACCAGCUGUGAAAGUACCUCCUGUCCUCGAAGAAAAAGUAGCUGAAGCUAAUCUGGAUGUAAAAGGUUUAGCACAUAGCACCAGUCUAGAUGUAAUUCCAUCCAAAGACACAGAAAAUGCAAGAAGAGCAGAUAACAGUGGCAAUUUUAGAAACCUUGAUUGUGUGGGUAGAAAUAGUUUUGGAGAUGUAUUCUCACCAGUCAGAGAUGAUGUUGCUGGAUUAAAGAAUGAAGACAGCAUGACAAAAGGAAAUGGUUCGGGGUUUUUGCCACAGUUGAACACUGUAUUUUCCACAAGAAGUAAUCCGGUGGGUGCCAGUAUGCAGGAAGAAUUGAAGUCAAACUCCUUGCAGGGAUUUGGAUCUCCAUCUCCCAUUAAAGAACAGGCUGCACAGCGAGACAUGAGUGCCAUAUUGAGCCAGCUCCAGAGUGCUAGGCAAGAUUCAAAAGAGCCUGUCGGCCAGGAAAAUAAAGCCAUAGGAAUGCAGAAAUCCGAAAUAAUUGAGCAUAACGGCCAAUUGGAAGCUGCAAGAUUGGAUCAGUUACACACAUCAGUUGCUGAGUGUGGGACCUUGGGGACACCAAUGACAUCUUCCAUGGUGAAAACACCUGAUUUAUGUGAAAGAAAAGGAAGAGAAUUUCCGUUUCCUCAGGAAUCCCCGGUGCUGGAGACCUCUACAUCUGGUGAAAAGAUGAUGCCUACUGCAGGAAUUUUGAAGUUGUCUGAUAAGAUUGUGGAUGCUCUUGGAAAUGACGGCAUUGGACAGCAAUUAACAUCCAUUCAAAUACAGCUAAUUAGGACCAUGAUACAAGAAACCUUGGAGGAUUACAAAGAUGCAUGGCAUCGAGAUAUCAUCAACCUCCAGCUGGAGAUGAUCAAGCAAUUCCAAAUCCAACAGAAUGAAAUCCAUGGUUUACUUGAACGAUAUUCUAUUAAUGAAGCAUUGGUGGCGGAAAAUGAGAGAUUGCGAGAAGAGAAUAAAAGACUGCGAACUACGUUUUAAUAGUGCAUUUCUGAAUCUGCACUGCAGCAAGCAGUAAUGCUUUCUGCAACAAGGAAAGCCCAGAUGGUGGACAUUGUUUUAUAAUUAACUUGUUAUUUGAUUUAUAAAGCAGGACAGUUCCUCGGAUUAGUCAGCCUUUGUUCUAACGUGAAUUAAUAUCAUUGCCUAAAAUGGUUAGAAUUAGUGGAGGUCUAUAAUUAGCUGAACUUUGAGGAAAACCUGUUGAAGUCUGAUAUCUAGCUAAUCUUGCUUCACUAAGGACUUCUGUACACUGGAAAUAUAUAUAAAAGGACACUAUUGAAAUUCAGUAUGCAUCAGAAUAUAGAUUGGAAUAGCUAUGUAUUCUGCUGUACUAGAAUUUCUCAAGUUAACCAGUGGAAAUAUUGGUCAAAAAUUACAGUCCUCCAAAUAGAAUCUGUUUGAAGUGAGGUUUUUUAAACUCUAGAUCCUAUUAUUUUAUGUUUUUGUCACCUACUGUCAGUGACCACGUGUUCAGAUCCUUAAUUUGGAAUGCUUUUCAGGAGUAUCUUUUGAGUUUUCAACAUACUGUAUUUCAAAAACAAGGUAACAGCAGUAUAUUUUAUGUCUAUUUCUGGUCUAGGCAGAAUUAUCAGGACUCUGGAGAAGUGAAACUAAAUGUAAAAAUACUGCAUCAUUAUUGAAAGAAUGGCCUUAAGUGCCUUUUUCAGAUCUGGUGGAUUUUUGGCAUAAUUUGCUCAGUCAGCAGUAAGCCAGUAUUUUGACCUUACUGUCCUUGCUUGAUCUGGUAUUCAGCAGUCCAGAAUUGAGUAAUUGUUUAUAUUGAACCUUACAUUUUUAGCACAUCUGUUUUAUAAAGGAAUUCCUUUUGGAUUUCAUUUUGAAUUAAGAAUUAAAUUGCAGUAUAUUUUUGAUGCAAAAUAUACUAUAUUAAACAUGUUAAGCAAUAAAUAUAUGAAUAAGCAUCGUGUGUAUUUUUAAGUAGUCAAGCACUUAAAUAUUUGCUACUUCAUGAAGGAACAUUAUCUUGCUGCAAUGCAGCCUUUUUAACA